ACUGUGCGAAGAUCAAUUUUUCCAUGGCAACAUGUUUGACUAAAAACCCUAUAAUUAUUUACAGUUUGACUUACUCAAGUGUACAUUUAUUGUGGUACAUUCUGUGCGCUGGACGCUCGUCUGUUCUCGUGCAUGCAGUAAAGAUACUGUUGAGAAAGUGCGAAGAUAUGAAUGAAGUGAUGGACGUGCUGGAAGAAAAAGCACACCUAUUUGUUGAAAAACUGUUAAGUGAAGGGGCAGCAACUCCAUGCGACGACACUGCAGACUCUUUCAACCAAAAUGCUGAUUUGCCGCCGUUUUAUGACGAAGAGUUGUUUAAAAGGGGACAAGCGUUUUAUCAUAGAAACAUUUUUGCACUAUUCACUGCAAAACUUUUUGGGCUCAUAGCGGUCUUGUCGAUACCGAGCAUUUUACAAAUUUUGAAACAUACCAAAAUGUCUGGAACAAAUAUGACUGCUUACAGAAGAUAUGUGGCAACGAUAUUUCAUAUGAAUAUCUGGUAUGAUGCAGAGUUUAAACCUGGUUCAAAACUGUGGCAGUCGAUUAAGGAAGUAAAAAAUCUCCACAACUCGGCGAGCAAUAGAGGGUGCAAAGCGGGGCUUCACAGAAUAUCUCAAAAAGAUAUGGUACUGACCCAGUUCGGAUUUAUGGGAUUUCAACUAACACGUGAGAAAAUGUUGGGAGUUCACAAUGCCACACCUGAAGAGUGGAUGGCUUUCAUUCAUGUGUGGAGGGUUGUAGGACAUAUGUUGGGGAUAGAAGACAGAUUCAAUAUUUGCAACGGGUCUGUUGCUGAAGUGAAAGCCAGAUGCGAAAAGUUAAUUCAACAAGUGUUCAUUCCGCACAUCAAGAAAAAUGAUCCUGAAUUUCUACAAAUGUCCCGAUAUUUAGUCAAUGGUUUAUGGGCGAUAAAUCCCAUAUUAAAUUUUAACGCUGUUAUGUGCUCAAUGCAGUUCUUACUUGCUAACAAAAUUAAUUAUGACUCUAUGGAAUAUAAAAAACUACAUUUUUGGGAAAAAUUGUUGCUCGUCUUUAUUGCAUUUGUACUGUUUAGUUUGAGAUGGGCUCCAUUUAGAUGGUACCACAAUAGCUCCAAAUAUCGAGACUUUUGGUUAAUGGAACAUUUUCCGUUUCUGGGAUAUUAUAAAUAUGGAUUCAAGAACGCUCAUGUUAAAAUUCUGGGAAAGGAUAUGUAAUGUAUUAUUAUCAUAUAACUGUACAUAAAAUAUUUUAUAAUGUUCUUUUAUAAAUGUUGUAAUAUUAUCAAUAAAUAUUGUAAUUUUU